AUGGCCGAAGUCCACGCUGGUAUCGCAGCAGAAGCGGGAGGCAGUGAUAGACUAUCACCACCAGAGGAAUUGAUGAAACCUGGGGAGGAAGAGGAAGAAGAAGGAGACGUGAAGUGCGAGAAAGAAGUUGAAGAGGACAGUCUAGCACUUUACAUACAGAACGAAAUCGGGAGCGAACUUUUCGAAGCUCCUCACACUGCCAACAUCAUCAGUGUCGGUCUGAAAGACUAUGGGGAUUCAAACAGGGCCGAUCGUUUCUUGAUUGAGCACCACUUAUAA